AUGGUGUUUGUUUUAUUUAGAACUUCUAAGGACUCCCAUGUAGAUGGUUCUGAGGAUGUAGAGGAUGCAGCUUGUGGUUUUUUGGCAGCCACGAUUCAGAGCGUGGAGGAGAAGAUGGAGGCAGAGACCCAUGAGAGUGUUGUGGAUGAUGUUCCUAAUGUGGAAGACUGUACAGGUUCAGCUGUUUUGGACGCUCAGAUUCGAGUUCUCAAAGCAAAACUUCGAAUUAUGCAAGAAGAACUGGACCAGCUGUCAUGUGAAUACUAUAAGAGGGAUGACGAGAACACAAAGCUCAAUGCAAAAAUUAAGGAGCUGGAGGAGGAUCGAGCCAAACUGCAGAAGACCAUCAGCAUCCAGCAAACCCAGAUGGACAAGCACAAAGCUUUAGCCGAGGAAUCGGCCAAAAAAUGUGACAGUCUUCAGCAGCAAGUGGCGGCUUUACAUAAAGAGAUUGAAAACCUGAACAGAUCCCAGAAACAAGCAGCAGCUGUCCACAGCACCGUGGAGAUUCGCUUGAACAGAGCUCUGGAGGAGGUGGAGAGGUUGAAGACACAACUUAACAAGAAGGAACAGAUGAAUAAAGACAAGAUAAGCGAGGAGCAUCAGAGUAAGGAAAACAUACUAGCUGAAAACAGAAUGCUUAAGAAGCAGAAAGCUGAACUCAUUGUGGGCUUCAAGAAACAACUCAAGCUGAUCGACAUCCUCAAAAGACAAAAGAUGCACUUUGAAGCUGCCAAGUUGCUGUCUUUCACCGAAGAAGAGUUCAUGAAAGCUCUGGACUGGGGGAAGUCAUGA